CUGAAAGGGCCUCUUUGUUGGCAGGGAUCAGUUCUUGCUUUUCCUCUGGACCGUCUCUCAAGACGACAUACGCCAUGAAAAAGACAACACUAUCGUCAAAGUGCUUCGUUUAACUCCUACACGCUUGUGGUGGUUGUGGGAAGUAUCCGUGUGGAUGGCUAGUUUCCUAGUUUCCAGAGAAAACCAGAAGAACGGGAAGAGCGGGGGAAAAAAUGGAGCCUCUUACUUUGGAAACUCGCUAGAAGAACGGAGCGAAGUGGGUUUAAGAUGAAGAAAAGCCGCGUUUGACUUCAUCUUCGCGUUGUAUGUGACUUGAGCUACUAACACACAACUUUUUCAUGUUUUUGGCUACUUUCUUUUGAACUUUCCUUUGGAUAAAAGAGAAACUAACUGGAUUAUAUCUUUCGAUUUGGACGUGUUUGGGAAGCAAAUGAAAAUGUUGGAAAUUUGUCUUAAAUUGGUGGGCUGUAAAUCCAAGAAAGGUCUUUCUUCGUCCUCCAGCUGUUACUUUGAAGAAGCUCUUCAGCGGCCCGGCUUCGAGCCUCCGGGUCUUUCUGAAGCGGCUCGCUGGAACUCCAAGGAGAAUCUGCUGGCGGGACCCGGAGAGAACGACCCCAACCUGUUCGUGGCGCUGUAUGACUUCGUAGCGAGCGGCGACAACACUCUCAGCAUCACCAAAGGAGAGAAGCUGAGGGUUCUGGGAUACAAUCACAAUGGCGAGUGGUGUGAGGCGCAGACGAAGAACGGGCAGGGCUGGGUGCCGGGCAACUACAUCACGCCGGUGAACAGCCUGGAGAAGCACAGCUGGUACCAUGGGCCCGUGUCGCGCAACGCCGCCGAGUACCUGCUCAGCAGCGGCAUCAACGGCAGCUUCCUGGUGCGCGAGAGCGAGAGCAGCCCCGGCCAGCGCUCCAUAUCGCUGCGCUACGAGGGCCGCGUCUACCACUACCGUAUCAACACCGCCUCCGACGGCAAGCUGUACGUGUCGUCCGAGAGCCGCUUCAACACGCUGGCAGAGCUGGUCCAUCAUCACUCCACGGUGGCGGACGGCCUCAUCACGACGCUGCAUUACCCGGCUCCCAAGCGCAACAAGCCCACCAUCUACGGCGUGUCGCCCAACUAUGACAAGUGGGAGAUGGAGCGCACGGACAUCACGAUGAAGCACAAGCUGGGCGGAGGGCAGUAUGGAGAGGUGUACGAGGGCGUGUGGAAGAAGUACAGCCUCACUGUGGCCGUCAAGACACUAAAGGAAGACACGAUGGAAGUGGAAGAGUUUUUAAAAGAAGCUGCGGUCAUGAAAGAAAUCAAACACCCGAACCUGGUGCAGCUGUUAGGCGUCUGCACACGGGAACCUCCCUUUUAUAUCAUCACAGAGUUCAUGACGCACGGGAACCUGCUGGAUUACCUGCGCGAGUGCAACCGCCAGGAGGUGAACGCCGUGGUGCUGCUCCACAUGGCCACGCAGAUCUCCUCCGCCAUGGAGUACCUGGAGAAGAAGAACUUCAUACACAGGGAUCUAGCUGCCCGUAACUGCUUAGUUGGGGAAAACCACUUGGUUAAAGUGGCAGACUUUGGGCUGAGUCGCCUGAUGACGGGAGACACGUACACAGCCCACGCCGGAGCCAAGUUUCCCAUUAAAUGGACCGCACCGGAGAGCCUGGCCUAUAACAAAUUCUCCAUCAAGUCCGAUGUGUGGGCAUUUGGAGUCCUGCUUUGGGAGAUCGCCACCUAUGGGAUGUCUCCGUAUCCUGGAAUUGACUUGUCCCAAGUUUACGAGCUACUAGAGAAGGAUUACCGCAUGGACCGGCCCGAGGGAUGCCCGGAGAAAGUCUAUGAGCUCAUGAGGGCCUGUUGGAGAUGGAACCCUGCAGAGCGGCCUUCUUUUGCUGAAACCCACCAGGCGUUUGAGACUAUGUUUCAAGAGUCCAGUAUCUCUGAUGAGGUGGAGAAAGAGUUGGGGAAGAAGGGUAAGAAGCUGGCGCUGGGUCCAAUACAACAGGCCCCAGAACUUCCCACUAAGACGAGGACACUACGAAGACAUAUGGACAGUAGGGAUGGUGACGGCCCGGACGCAGCAGAGCCUGAGCUCCCGAUGAUCCCGAGGCCUCUCCUCGACAGCAACUUGAACGAAGAUGAUCGGCUCUUGACAAAAGAUAAAGAUAAGUUCCGGAUGAAUCCCUUCAGUUACAUCAAGAAAAAGAAGAGAACGGCUCCGGCGCCCCCGAAACGCUCCAGCUCGUUCGGGAAGAUGGAUGGGCACCUGGAUCGGAGGGGCCCCGAGUGCAGGGAUGAUUUCAACAACGGGGCUCCCGCCAAUGAUGCCUUGCAAGGCAUUGAUCCUUCCAAAUUGAUUGGGUCCGGAGUCACCAAUGGAGCCCUAGUGUAUCCCGGUCAGCUCUUCCCUUCUCAUUCAAGGAAAAAGGGCACGGGAACAACGUCAGGGAAACUCGCCACAACUCCGCCAGCAGAAGAAGACCCGAUGUCAAACUCAAAGCGCUUCCUAAGGUCUUCGUCCGCAUCUAGCAUGCCUCCAGGAUCGGACCGAUCCGAAUGGAAAUCGGUCACUUUGCCUCGUGACAUCCAGUCUUCUCACUUCGAGUCGGGAACCAUCGGAGGCAAGCCGGCUUUGCCACGCAAAAAAGCAGAUUGCAUGCCGAGAGGUGGAACCCUAACCCCGCCUCCGCGCCUUCCCAAGAAAACCGAGGAUGUGUCGGAUGAAGUCUUCAAGGACUCGGAGUCUAGUCCCGGAUCAAGUCCUUUGACUCUGACGCCGAAGCUCGGGCGACGCCCGCAAACAGAAACCUCUAAAACGAGUGCCUUGCAAGCAGAGCUCUUCAAACCCAAUGUGUUUCCAACUCUGGAUGAAAUCAGACCUCGCAGGCUCAAGCAAACCUCGGAGAUCCCUGGACAAAGAGAACGGGAGAAGGGAAAGUUCGUGAAACCGAAACCUGCUCCUCCUCCUCCGCCUCCGGUCUCGAGCACCAAGUCUGGGAAGACUUCGAGGAGUCCUACUUUUGAUGUGUCUUCGGAUACCAAAAUCAAGGCUUCUGAAGUGAAUCCCUCUAAUCCCGGAUCCACAGAUCUAGGCAAGGGAGGUCUUUCCCAAGAAAGUGCCAAGAAAUUGCAGAAAAACACCUCGAAAGUUCCUCCCACUAAAACCACUCCUGUGUCUCCGAGUGCUCAGCUUCCGGGAAUGGGAACGACUGUCGGAGACCCCGGAUCGAACUUCAUUCCUCUCAUAACGACUCGCCGUUCGUUGAGGAAAACGCGCCAGCCGUCGGAAAGACUCUCCAACUCUUGCAUCACGCGCGAGAUGGUCUUGGACAGCACGGAUGUUCUGCGAGCCGCGAUCGGACGCAUCUCGGAGCAAACCGGGAGCCAUAGUGCCGUGUUGGAGGCCGGGAAGAACCUCUCCAAGUUUUGCGUGAGCUUCGUCGAGUCCAUCCAACAGAUGCGCAACAAGUUUGCUUUCCGAGAAGCCAUCAAUAAGCUGGAGAACAGUCUUCGUGAGUUGCAGAUCUGCCCAGCGGCCACCGGGGGCGCCAACACGCCUCAAGACUUUUCCAAGCUGCUGUCCUCCGUCAAGGAGAUCACCGACAUCGUUCAGAGGUAGCGGAGAAAAGCUCGGAUGCGAUCGAUUUCUAGAUUCUUCUCUGGGUGGACGUACUCUCUACGGGAACCCACCUCAUGCCAAACAGAGAAACAUUUACGAGCGACUCUAAAGCAGGGGAAAGGUCCCCGAAAGUUCGUUUGGCGAUCUUAAGGUAGAAAGGUCGACUCGAGUCGUGUUUCUUAGCAAUUCCACAACUUGACUUUGACUUUUUCUUGCAUUUUCUCAAAGCGAGCGCUAUCUCAGCGUUGCGGGUGAUUGUGACCGAACAACACCUCACAAUUUCCAAUAUUUUUUUAGGGAUCAAAGUAUAUUUGCUUACAACAGAAACAUUCAAGAUCAUAGUAUUGACAGAGUCUGAACUCUUUUUGCGUGUGUGGUUUGGUCAAGAAAGGGCUUUGCUGUGAGAUGUGAACGGUCCCUGUGAAAUGAGGAAGCCGACUGAUUGCGUAUUGUAUGAUUGCGACACUGUGCCACGAGUGACGCUUAACCGGCGGGGUUGUAGAGUCGGCGCGGUCUUCCCAGCAUUCCUGAUCCUGUCGAGGGUUUGAACAAGUGUUGCUUCAGCACAAUCACUACACAUACAUGACUCCCCUAAAUACACCGUGGCCUUAAAGAGCGAAUGAAACACUACUGUCUCGAGGAGAAAGACUUGGAAGUGCGAAUCAGAGCUUAAGAAGCAGUGUAUGUAUAGAUGUUUUUAUUGUAAUGUCCUGCAUUUACCACUUGAUGUCAUUUGAAAGGUUUUCCACACGCCACUGACGGAAACAGCUUUAUCCAAUGACCACACGCCCGUCUUAAAGUUAUAAUUCUCAUUGAGGAUGUCUGAGUCAAUGACUGUCUUGCUAAAAGCUUGUGUAAUUGAAAUAAUGCAUUGUUUUCAGUAUUAGUUUGUCUUUCCGACUCUCUGCCAUCUGACUGUGACGCCUGAGGAGAAAGCCAACCACAAGCUGCCUUUGAUUCAACAUGGUACUCCCAGUGUUGACUUAUCAUGUUUUAUUGUUGUCUCUUCAAAAUCAUGCCACUACUUUUUAAAUGUGUAUUCAACCUCACCCUGUUGUAGACUCAUCUUUGUAAAUACACGUCACUUGCUUUCUCUUUUCUGUUGAUUCUUCCUGUAACCUUGGUGCAAUUUUGUGUUGCAUAAAAUACAAAGAAAUUUUGCUACUUGAACAACAUAAAGAGUUCAUUCUC